AUGCCCGAAACAACCAAGGUCGUGCCCCUCACCUGCCACGGCCACUCGAGACCUGUGCCGCAUAUUCACUUCUCGUCCCUGGUCGACGAGGACCAGUACUACAUUAUAUCAGCAUGCAAGGAUAACAACCCCAUGCUCCGCGACGGAGUCACGGGUGACUGGAUUGGCACCUUCCUGGGCCACAAAGGCGCCGUCUGGCAGGCGAGACUCUCCUCGGAUGCCUCACUAGCAGCGACGGCCUCUGCGGAUUUCUCUGCCAAGGUCUGGGACACCCACACCGGUGAAGCCCUACACACUCUCUCGCACAACCACAUCGUCCGCGCCGUCGCGUUCCCCAAUCAGCCCCACCCCCAGAUCCUCGCGACAGGAGGCAUGGAGAAGAAAUUGCGCAUAUACGAUCUUUCACGUAGCGACGCGACGAGCUUCGAGAUUGGCGCAGGCGUUCACACCGGAACCAUCAAGUCGAUCGUGUGGACAUCGGACCCGAACGUCAUAAUCACAGCCGCCGAAGACAAGAAGGUGCGGUGGUGGGACUUACGCCAAGAGUCUACAAUCGGCGAGCACGCCGUCGAAGGCACUGUUGGCUCUUGCGAGUUGGAUAACACCUCCUCGGAGGGCAUUCUGAGCGUAGCUGCUGGAAACAGUGCCUACUUCUUCAACAGCCAGUCGCCCGGAUCGCUCAUCAAAAGCAUCAAGACACCAUACGAAAUCGCCAGCGUGGCUCUGCACAACGGGGAGCGGAAGUUUGUUACUGGUGGUAGCAACCAGAAUGAUACCUGGGUCAGGGUCUGGGACUUCAACGAGGAGAAGGAGCUCGAGACCAACAAGGGCCACCACGGACCUAUCUGGUCGGCAAGCUUCUCGCCUGACGGAAAGCUCUACGCGACAGGCAGUGAGGAUGGAACAGUCAAGCUCUGGAAGUUCACAUCCGGCCCGUACGGUCUGUGGAAAUAG